UACUAUGCGGGCAGGUUGGACGCGUUCCUCAGGAUCAUCAUAAAAACGACUCGUCAAGCCUUGCUCUGACGCCCAGCGUCGGACUACCACCCUCCUCGCGAAAGCUGAUCGUAUCAUCGAAUCUUCUCAUCAACAAAUCGGCGUCUUCUCCUCUUCGCCGGCGUCGAUCCCCACCGAGUUCCGGCCAUGAUGAUGCUUAUUGACUGCUCCGGCUGCCGGACUCCACUGCAGCUCCCGCCAGGCGCUAAAUCAAUACGCUGCGCCAUGUGCCGUGCCGUCACCCAAGUCGCCGAUCCCCGCAGCAUCCCUCCUCCUUCAAACAGCAGCCACCCUUCCUCCUCUCCGUCGCCGCAUCGUCCCCCUCCACCACCGCAAUCAGUCGUUCCGCCGUCGCCUCACGGCCGGAAGAAGGCGGUGAUCGUCGGGAUCUCGUAUCGAUACUCCCGGCACGAGCUCAAGGGUUGCAUAAACGACGCCAACUGCAUGAAGUAUCUUCUCAUCAACCGAUUCCACUUCCCCGAGUCCUCCAUCAUCGAGCUCACAGAAGAACAAACCGAUCCCUAUAGAAUUCCGACCAAAUACAACAUAAGGAUGGCGUUGUAUUGGCUUGUACAGGGUUGUCAGCCAGGGGACUCCUUGGUAUUUCACUAUUCAGGACAUGGAUCACAGCAGAGGAAUUUUAACGGAGAUGAGGCUGAUGGAUAUGAUGAAACCAUUUGCCCUCUGGACUUUGAGACGCAGGGGAUGAUUGUUGAUGAUGAGAUAAAUGCAACUAUUGUUAGGCCGCUUCCUCAUGGUGUUAGGCUUCAUGCCAUAAUAGAUGCUUGUCAUAGUGGAACGGUCCUUGAUCUUCCAUUCCUUUGUAGAAUGAACAGAACCGGGCAAUAUGUGUGGGAAGACCAUCGUCCAAGAUCUGGCAUCUGGAAAGGUGCGAGUGGCGGGGAAGCAAUCUCCUUCAGUGGCUGUGAUGAUGAUCAAACGUCUGCUGAUACUUCAGCUCUUUCAAAGGUCACUUCAACAGGAGCUAUGACAUACUGCUUCAUCCAAGCCAUUGAGAGGGGACAUGGGUCCACUUAUGGAACCAUACUUAACUCGAUGCGAUCAACCAUUCGAAACACUGGCGAUUCAUUAGGCGGAGGCCCUGUUACUUCACUUCUCAGUAUGCUGAUUACAGGAGGUAGUUUAAGUGGUGGCUUAAGACAGGAACCCCAGUUAACUUCAUGCGAAAUGUUCGAUGUUUACAUGAAGCCAUUCUCUCUUUAAAGCCCAGGUUUGCCUAUCACGUAUACUCUCACUGUUACUGAUCUCCUCUUGCUCCUGCUCCACUUUUCAUUCAUGUAGUGAUUUUUUAUCGUCGAGUGUGUGUCUUAUCAUGAAGGCAGUCUCAUUUUGAUUUACAAUUUUUGUCCAUAUUAAUAAUUAUUCGACUUUCAUUUCGUUAUAAUUUACUAUAUGUGUGUUUAGUGACU